ACUGUGCUUUAUACCUAUUUUGAGCGGUCUGUUUUCGUUUGUAAAUCGAACGAGUUACAAACUGAUUUUAUUAUUUAAGCUAAAAUAAAACAUUACCUAUAGAAGCAAACAAAAACAUUACUCAAAAAUCCACCAUAGCUUAAUUUAAUAAUACUGAAAAUUCACGGCAAAUAAUAAUCCAAUCAUGACUUCGAUUAUCAAACUUCAUUGUCUCUCCGGAGCAGGAGAUGAGUCUCCACCAUGCUACGUGCUCCAAAUUGAUGAAUUCAAAAUCCUUCUAGACUGUGGGUGGGAUGAGAAAUUUGAUGUAGAUUUUAUAAAAGAAUUAAAAAGGCAUGUGAACAGUAUAGAUGCAGUUCUUCUAUCACAUUCUGACCCCUUGCAUCUGGGUGCUUUGCCAUAUGCUGUUGGAAAGCUUGGCCUUAACUGUCCAAUUUAUGCUACAUUGCCGAUUUACAAAAUGGGACAAAUGUUCAUGUAUGACUUAUACCAAGCUCAUAGAAAUGUUUCCGACUUUGACUUAUUCACUUUGGAUGAUGUUGAUGCAGCAUUUGAUAGAAUUAUACAAUUAAAAUAUAAUCAGAGUAUAGACAUGAAAGGGAAAGGUCUUGGAAUACGGAUUACACCAUUACCAGCUGGGCACACUCUUGGUGGUACUGUAUGGCGUAUAGCAGCCCCUGGAGAGGAAGACAUUGUAUAUGCCCCAGACUUUAAUCACAAGAAGGAGCGGCAUCUAAAUGGCUGUGAAAUUGAAAGAUUAAUGAGACCUUCACUACUCCUACUUGGCGCUAUGAAUGCUGACUAUGUGCAACAGAGGAGAAGAUUAAGAGAUGAAAAGCUUAUGACGACAAUUCUGACUACCCUCCGCGGCGGCGGUUGUGUACUGGUAUGCACGGACACAGCGGGCCGCGUGCUGGAACUGGCGCACAUGUUGGAUCAGCUGUGGCGAAACCGGGACUCGGGCCUUGUGGCUUACUCUUUACUACUACUGUCUAACGUCAGCUAUAAUGUUGUUGAAUUUGCUAAAUCACAGAUAGAAUGGAUGAGUGACAAAUUAACACGUGCUUUUGAAGGUGCUCGGAGUAAUCCUUUCGCGCUGCGUCAUCUACAGUUAUGCCACUCUGUAGCCGAAGUCACGAGGACACCAGGCCCUAAAGUUGUGUUAGCAUCCUUCCCAGACUUAGAAGCUGGAUUUGCAAGAGAUCUGUUCCUACAGUGGGCUCCACAUCAACAGAACUCCAUUGUCUUGACUGCCAGAACAUCACCAGGCACACUUGCUCGGGAUCUGGUGGAAAAGGGAGGCGAUCGCACAAUAGAACUAGUAGUGCGGAAGCGAAUCCGUCUGGAGGGCGUUGAACUGGAUGAAUACCUGCAACAACAGAAACAACGGAUCCACCUUAACAACACCGUCAAAGAAGAGACAACAGGCAUAUCGUCAGACUCUGAUUCGGAAGGUGAACUAGAAAUGUGGGUGGUGACGGGCCGACACGAUAUCCCCGUGCGUCACGACACGCGCCCCUCUGGAUACUUCAAAUCGAACAAGAGACACCACGCCAUGUAUCCGUUUCACGAGGAGCGGUAUCGUGCCGACGACUUCGGGGAACUCAUCAAGCCAGAAGAUUACAGACUCGCUGAAAUUGUUGAUGCAGAAGGAGAGAUACGAGACGUGCCCCCCGCGCCACCGCAAAAACAAGAACCUGAGGAGGAAUUGACAGAGAUACCGAGCAAAUGUGUGACGUCAGUCCGACAAGUGUCAAUAAAGGCGAACAUUCAAUAUAUUGAGCUGGAGGGUCGUUGCGACGGGGACUCGUUACUUCGAGUCGUUACUCAAGCAAAACCCAGGGCUAUUGUAGGACUUAGAGCAUCGGAAUCUGCAUUGACGGUACUGAAAAAAUAUUGUGAGGCUGAAAACAUAGAAAAAAUAUUUAUUCCAUACAAGGGUGACAUUAUAGACGCCACCACAGAAUCGCACAUAUACCAGGUGAAACUGACGGACGCAUUGAUGAGUAGUUUAGCGUGGCGUGCCGCCGGCGAUACAGCGGAACUUGCUUGGUUAUCUGCCGUGUGUACAGCGAGACCACUGCAGAGGGAAGCGAGACCGUCAGAUGAGUCGACGUCUGAGGUGGUUAUGUCAUUGGAGCCAGCUGAAGGUACGGCACAUACGGCCGCGUUCAUAAACACCGUGCGUCUGUCGGAGUUGAGGGCAGCCAUAGCGAAGAUAGGACUCAGCGCUGAGUUCUCGGGCGGUGCUUUGGAAUGCUGCAACGGUACUCUCGCCAUUAGAAGGUUGGACAACGGCAGGGUGGCGUUAGAAGGAGUACUCUCAGAAGAGUACUACAAAGUGCGGGAAUUACUAUACGAACAAUUCGCAAUAGUGUAAUUCUACGUACUAGACUGAAUCUAUGAUAUAAAUUAUAAUGAUGCUGUGUAAAUAAAUAUGUAUAAGGAU